ACCGUUCACCAAUGUGGUUCGGCCUCGUUUCGAAUCCAGACCUCAGGGAGUCUCGUCAAUGGCUCAAGCCCACACACUCAUCGAAUAUCGUAAACCAAUUCACAAAAGGCCGCACUGUUUUGUGGAAAAAAGAACAACGUUCUCAAUUCUUUCUCAUCACGCAUCGGCUAAAAUGUAAUAUACCCUCAAAGUCAAAGCACAAUAUCCCUAAUUCGUUGCCAAGAUGAAGUUCAACAUUGCUACUCCCACUACUGGGUGCCAGAAAAAGCUCCAAAUCGAUGACGAUGCUAAACUCCGACCAUUUUGGGACAAGAGGAUCUCCCAAGAAGUUAAUGGAGAUGCGCUUGGUGAAGAGUUUAAAAAGGUUAUAUUUUAAAAAUAAUGGGGGGUUUGUGACAAGCAAGUUUUUCCAAUGAAACAAGGUGUCUUGACCACUGGCCGUGUUCGCCUUUUGCUGCACAGAGGUACUCCUUGUUUUCGGGGUUAUGGUAGGAGGAAUGGUAAGAGAAGGAGGAAAUCUGUCCGAGGUUGCAUUGUUAAUCCAGACCUCUCUGUUUUGAAUUUGGUGACUGUGAAGAAGGGCGAGAAUGACCUACCUGGCCUAACAGGUAUUGAGAAGCCAAGAAUGCGAGGUCCGAAAAGGGCAUCUAAAAUCCGGAAACUCUUCAAUCUCUCCAAGGAUGAUGAUGUUCGAAAGUAUGUCAACACAUACCGCAGAACCUUCACAAAUAAACUUGGUGGGUUUGCUUACCAGUGUUCUGAUACAUAGUUGGUAACAGGGAAUCAAGUAGAAACAAUGUGAUUGGUUAUACUUGAGCUCAAAUACAUUGUUAUCUGGUUGGCUGGUAAGAAAUGUAGUAAAGCCCCCAAAAUCCAGAGGCUGGUAACCCCCUUGGCUCUGCAAAGGAAGCGAGGAUGGAUUUCUGAAAAGAAAAAGAGAAUUGCCCAAGCCAAGUCAGAAGCAGCCGAGUGUCAGAAGCUUUUGGCAUCACGUGUGAAAGAACAACGCGAGCGCCGCAGUGAGAGCUUAGCAAAGAGAAGAUCCACGCUCUCUGCUGCCUCCAAGCCUUCUAGUGCUGCUUAGAUAUACUUCUCUGAAAUUUUGUCCGAGUUAGUUGAGCAUCGAGCAUUCCUGGACACGAUCAGUCCAUAGAUUAGGGAAAUUUUGGUUGCCAUUACUGAGAGUUGGUUUGAUAAUUUACUUAACUUUUGGGUUCGCUGGUUUGACCUCUUGUAACAUUUGAUUGUUUUUUAAGUUAAUACUAUUCCAUACGAAUCUAGGCAACAUUUGUUACAAGAUUUCCCUAUUGAAUUUCAGUGUUCUUAGAAAACCGUAAA